AUGUCUUACCCGGAACUGAAACUGAUUGCACUUGCUCUGGGCGCGAUAUCCUACUACGUCGCUCUCACUCCCCCUACUCCGCCAGCAACUUCAAAUGAUAUGAUAUACUCUGGUCAACUUUUCGAGAAAUUGGUUCGGAAGAUAUCGUUUUCAUCGAAGAUGUUCGUCACUGCGGCAUUCAUGUCGGAGAUCACAAUGCUCGUCUCCACCGCCUACCCAAUCUCUAUCCCACCACCAUUAUUUCGCGCGAUAUGUCCGCGGUUGGAACUUGAUGCCGAGAACGUAUUAUCUACACCACCGCAGUUUCUAGCAGGACUCGCGCUUCUCAUUGUGGGUGGAGGGAUACGGAUGUGGUGCUAUAGGGAGCUAGGAUCGCUGCACACUUUCGAGGUGGCUGUUCGUCCUGAACAUCGUCUUGUAACCAGCGGUCCAUACGCGUGGGUUAGACAUCCGAGCUAUACUGCCGUUUCACUGAGCAUCCUCGGACUCAUUCUCCUUCAUUUCUCGCGAGGAGGGUGGAAUGCGGAGUGCGGCAUCAUGGACUCUGGCAAUGGUGCUUGGGUGAAACUCUACAUGUUUUUGGCGUUAUUCUCGGUCGCCUCAUUGUGGAGGAGGGGUAUUGUGGAGGAUGAUAUGCUGAAACACCGGUUUGGAGCGGAAUGGGAAGGAUAUAGACAGAGAGUACCGCAUCGCUUCAUGAUAGGGUUCUACUAA